UAACCUGGCAAUGAAGGCAUGGCACGAGGGAAGGGACAAUUAUGUCCUCGAAACGAAACAAAUACAUAUAUACGUAUGCACGACCAGAUCUUCAUUUUGCUUCCCUGACGAAUUCUUGUUCUCUCCCUUGCUAUCUCGUUUAUCUCUGUUCGAGAUUUCAACACCACAGGGAUAAAUUAUGGGCGUGGCUCAAAACAACGUUGACAUGGAGGAAGGAACUCUUGAAAUUGGGAUGGAAUAUAGAACUGUCUCUGGAGUUGCCGGACCAUUGGUUAUCCUGGAAAAAGUUAAGGGACCCAAAUAUCAGGAGAUUGUUAAUAUUCGCUUAGGAGAUGGAACAACACGACGUGGACAAGUCUUGGAAGUAGAUGGUGAGAAGGCUGUUGUUCAGGUUUUUGAAGGAACAUCUGGAAUUGACAACAAAUAUACAACUGUCCAGUUUACAGGAGAGGUUUUAAAAACUCCUGUCUCAUUGGAUAUGCUUGGUCGUAUAUUCAAUGGCUCCGGGAAACCUAUUGACAAUGGUCCUCCAAUUUUGCCUGAGGCUUACUUGGAUAUUUCUGGGAGUUCCAUUAAUCCUAGUGAGAGAACCUAUCCUGAAGAAAUGAUACAGACAGGAAUUUCAACAAUUGAUGUCAUGAAUUCAAUUGCCAGAGGACAGAAAAUUCCUCUCUUUUCUGCAGCUGGUCUUCCCCAUAAUGAAAUCGCCGCCCAGAUCUGUCGUCAGGCUGGUUUAGUGAAGCGGUUGGAGAAAUCUGAUAAUCUCCUUGAGGAUCAGGAAGACGACAAUUUUGCCAUUGUUUUUGCAGCUAUGGGGGUUAACAUGGAGACAGCACAGUUCUUCAAACGUGAUUUCGAGGAAAAUGGAUCCAUGGAGAGAGUGACUCUUUUCUUGAACCUGGCCAAUGACCCGACAAUAGAACGCAUCAUUACUCCCCGCAUUGCCCUCACAACUGCAGAAUAUUUAGCAUAUGAAUGUGGGAAGCAUGUUCUUGUCAUAUUGACAGAUAUGAGUUCUUAUGCUGAUGCUCUUCGUGAGGUGUCUGCUGCACGAGAAGAAGUGCCUGGGAGGCGUGGGUAUCCUGGUUAUAUGUAUACUGAUCUGGCAACAAUCUAUGAGCGAGCUGGACGUAUUGAAGGAAGAAAGGGAUCCAUAACACAAAUUCCUAUCUUGACCAUGCCCAAUGAUGAUAUUACUCAUCCAACCCCGGAUCUUACUGGUUAUAUCACUGAAGGACAGAUUUAUAUUGACAGACAGCUUCAUAAUCGGCAGAUAUAUCCUCCAAUUAAUGUGCUUCCAUCCUUGUCUCGUUUGAUGAAAAGUGCUAUUGGUGAGGGCAUGACUCGCCGGGAUCACUCGGAUGUGUCUAAUCAGCUAUAUGCAAACUAUGCAAUCGGAAAGGAUGUCCAGGCAAUGAAAGCUGUAGUUGGAGAAGAAGCACUUUCUUCAGAGGAUCUGCUAUAUCUCGAGUUCCUUGAUAAAUUCGAAAGGAAGUUUGUAGCUCAAGGUGCUUAUGACACCCGCAACAUCUUCCAGUCACUUGAUUUAGCAUGGACACUCCUUCGGAUCUUCCCGCGGGAGCUUCUUCAUCGUAUUCCAGCAAAGACGCUCGACCAGUACUACAGCCGGGAUGCAGCCAAUUGAUUGGAAGAGACCAGCUCUUUGUACUGUAGUUUUCUGGUCAGUUGCCUUGGUGUGCACAUUUUUGUGAUAUGUUCUAUGAUGUGUGUUUCUUUAGAUUGUGCAUCUCCUCAAUCCGCUUGAAAAAUAAAAGUUCUCGAUUAGCCCCUUGAAGCCAAGGCUUUCAGCAGCUUAAGAUGCGUAUUCUUUGGGUGGUAACCUAUUCAAUUAUGGCAAAUACACUUCAACAUUCUGUCUCAAAUUAAGUCUUUGAAGCACUAAUACCUUCUAGGAUUUAUUAAACCCUCUGUCGUAUAUUUAUGUUAUUGGAAACGGGACUUGUAGUUUCUGAGUUUGAUGGGCUUUUUUGGAGAAUUCUUUAUUGCUGGACAUUUUUACUCAGAGCUGCCUUUAUGUCUCAAGCUUGUGGUGUAUAUUUUAGACUUGGUGUGGGUAUUCCCAUUGAAAUUAGUCGUUUGCAUGCAAUUAAAUUUUCGAUUUUACUUU